GUGGGGCAUCAAUGGGACUUCCAUCUUGCUUGACAAGCUUUGUCGCAGACAACAAUGGCCUACAUCAAUUUCAGACUUGGCGAUUCAAGACCGAAGGCGUUCGCAGCCUUUAUUGAAACCCUCCCGAAAUCAGAGACAGGAUGGGAAACCUUAGCUCAUAGUAGAUGUCCUUCCUCCACCAGCACGCUGAUCUUGCUCUCUCCUUUGAAGGGCCCCGAUGAUCCGCUCAAGGCACACCUCAAAAGGGUCAAUGCUCUACCCUCUGGUUCAGCGGUGAAGAGCUAUGCGCAGUUUAUCACUUUCUGCAUUGGCUAUAUCACACUGAAAGAGCGUCGCCUGUCGAACGAUGAGGUGGAUCAAGUACUGCAGUCUGUACUUGGUAAAGACUUGAGUCAGGACCGGCUCCGGAAAAGACGCAAUGGAGCAAAAUUUCUGGCUCACGUAAUUGACAGCCUUCUACCACGCUUCAGGGACCUUGCGCCACUACUUUUUUUCUGUGCGACACCCGCCAUGCCCGAGCCUAACUGGCAGCCCUGAAUCAAGCCGUGCUGACCUUCCGUGCAGGGGAGGACCUUGACGCUGUGAUAGCAUGGCUCGGAGAUAAAGAUGAAUCCGGUCAAGACAUGCUGCUCAAGCACAUCGCCGAACUGAAGCCUCCUCGACACCGCUACGCAUGUCCGUCACUAGACCCUUCGUCUCUGAUUUCGCACAUCACUGGUUGGUCCA